AUGUCUAAAGUCAUCUCCGAGCUGGAAAAGGAGAUCCCUACUGAACUCAGUAAGCUCUUUAAAGAGAUUUUGACGAAGGACACCGUCAACAUGAACGACCUAUUGCUCUGCCUCCAAUGGAUACUGUUUGCCAGACAGCCGCUGCGUCGAGAAGAGUUCUAUUUUACGAUGUUAGCCGGCCUCGAUCCAGAAUCUAAGUAUUUAACCGCCUGGAACUGCGAGGACAUCACCAUAGACGACAUGAACCGGUUCGCCCUUAAUGCCUCUAAAGGUCUCGCUGAAUUUACUAGGUCAGAGACCCCGACUGUACAGUUCAUUCACGAAUCAGUGCGAGAUUUUCUCAUCAAGGACAAGGGUCUGUAUGAUCUAUGGCCGGAUCUCUGCGACAAAAGCAACUUCGAGGGAGAAAGCCACCAGCGCCUACAGCGUUACUGUCUAAAUUACAUCAGUAUUAACAUGGCUCCCCAUCUAGGGAACAUUAGCAGUCCACUUCCGAAGACAUCAACCCCCGAAGCUGUACUCCUCCGCCAAUCUACGGGCGACAACUUUCCAUUCCUAGACUACGCCGUACGAAACAUCUUAUACCACACCGAUAAGGCGCAAGCUAGCGGAGUCGACCAGAGUGACUUCGUUCGCACAUUCCAGCUUGCCAAAUGGGUAUGA